ACUGCGCGAGCAUCUUACACCUUGCAUCUUAUCGCCAGCGGAAUGUUUUCCUCGUGUUUUCAUCGAAGAUGCGAGCCGCCCGAGUUGGUGCCGGCUGCAAAAGCGGCCUUGGCGUUGCACUCUGGAAUGAUCCGCGCUCGGCGGCCAACGCAGUUAAGCGGUUAAACCGUUUAGACAAACUGUUCCACGCUACGUGUAUUGAAGCUAGAGUGUACUGGAACUGAAGCUGACCGGUUAACUCGUUUUACGGAGCGCACCAGAGGAGUUGUCUCAGUUGCAGCAUUCGAAAACACGUCAUUUUGUUUGCAAUGGCUGGUGGGACAAUCGACAACCUCUCCGCUGUGCUUUACAAGAAGAACGACAUUCGUUUGGAACAGCGACCCAUACCGGAACCUGGCGAUAAUGAUGUCCAAAUACAGAUGCAUUCGGUCGGCAUCUGUGGCUCGGACGUGCACUACUGGACCCACGGUGCCAUUGGAAACUUCGUCGUGCGGGAGCCGAUGGUCCUCGGCCAUGAAUCCAGUGGUACUGUGGUGAAAGCUGGCAAGAAUGUGAAGCACCUAAAGCCAGGUGACCGUGUGGCGAUUGAGCCUGGCGUGCCGUGCCGCUGCUGCAGCUUCUGCAAGGAAGGCCGGUACAACCUCUGCCCUGAUGUCGUCUUCUGUGCCACGCCGCCGCACCACGGCACACUCACUCGCUUCUACACCCAUGCUGCUGACUUCUGCUACAAGUUGCCCGACCACGUGUCUUUCGAGGAGGCUGCUCUUUUGGAGCCUCUGUCGGUGGCGGUUCACGCCUGUCGCCGAGCGCACCUCCAAAUUGGCCAGACGGUGCUGAUAUGCGGCGCAGGUCCCAUUGGACUUGUAAACCUGCUCACAGCAAAGGCAAUGGGAGCCAGCCGCGUCGUCAUGACUGGUCUAAUCGCCAGCAGACUUCAGAUGGCAAAGGAGCUUGGUGCCGACUUAGUCAUCAGCGUUGCCUCGAAGACUGUGCAGGACACAAAGCAGGAAAUUCUCCGCACGCUCGAUGACUUGCCCGAUGUCACCAUAGAGUGCACGGGAGCCGAGUCAUCCACCCAGCUUGGCAUGGUGGCUACAAAAUCUGGAGGCACACUGGUUCUCGUUGGCAUGGGACCCAAUGAAGUGAAGGUUCCCCUGGUAGAUGCCGCCUGCCGUGAGAUUGACAUUCGCGGAAUCUUCCGUUACGCAAACUGUUACCCCACGGCACUUGCCAUGGUUGCUUCGGGCAAGGUGGAUGUCAGGCCUCUGGUGACUCACCACUUUAAGCUUGCAUCCACAGUUGAAGCCUUCCAGACAGCCAAGACCGGUGCCGGCGGGGCCAUCAAAGUGGUUAUAGACUGCAGCUCCUGAGGGUGCUUUUGUCUGGAUGCGCUUCUUUCCUUUCCAGGGUUCUAUGUGCGUAUUUGCAGCGAAGCCUGAACAUUCGUUUCUCUUCAGUAGCUGCGAUUGUUAGCUUUGCGCAUUUACGUAAGUAACCAAAACGUUAGUCAUAGGAGUGCGCCGGGGGGUGGGGAGGGAGAGCAGGGACGGCCACCCCCCUCCCUAGACACCUAAGAGGAGGCAUGCAAUCAACCACCCCACCACCCCCUUCCCGAAGGGGAACCUUGCACAUGCCUAUGAUUACAGUAACAUUUAAAAACGGGCCACAUGCAUACUGCACAGUUUGAGCCACCCAGUGAUUUUCAACAAUCCAUGCAGGAAUGUUGGCGAACCCAUUGGAAAGGACAAUUGGAGUUUUGGUCUCUCUGCAUCAUUAUCGACAUUUAUAGAUUACUAAGUUGCUGAAAGAGUAAAUGUUGGAACGGUGAUUGACCAGGUAAAUUCAGUACUCUGUAUUGAAGUAACCGAGUGUACUUUUUUUUUGCAGGAACCCGGUAUCAGUUGUCAGCAACGCUGUAAUUGCAAAUGUGUCACUUUUUGAAAUGUUUCUGGAAUAAGAGUGCUUGUGAAAAGCGAUGUGUUAGGCAUUGGGGUGAUUGGGAACACAUCAAGAUCUCACUACCGUCGUUCUGUAACUUCAUAUCACGCAAGAGCCGUUGCAUAUAUCUGAAUACAAGACACACUAAAACUCUCCUACUUGACCGCAGUUCGGAAGAAUGUUAUCACGCUUUACAUCAUGACAGAACUUACACUGCCAAGCCCUGCCACUGUGGUCUGGUAAGUAAGGUACUUGGCUGCUGACCCGCAGGUUGCAGGGAUCGAAUCACGGCUGUGGCGGCUGCACUUUUGAUGGAGGCGAUAAUGCUGUAGGCUCGUGUGCUCAGAUUCGGGCACCUUUAAAGAACCCCAGGUGGUCGAAAUUUCCGAAGCCCUCCACUAUUGCGUUUCUAAUAAUCAUAUGGUGGUUUUGGGAUGUUGAACCCCACACAUCAAUCAGUUCCACUGCCAAGGUUCUUAGAUAUGUAUUUGUGCAACUUGUGAACACAGUGUGCACAUAUGUAAGUAACCAUGACGUUAACAUUACUUUUGAAAAGGCUGUGACGAUAAAUGAUGGCCUCGGCAGAAAGGAAGUUAAUCAGGUAUAAGAGUUUUAAAAGAUGAAAGACCUCUAAAUACCUCAAUUUCGGCAAAGCCAGGGCACAAAGUAAGGCACUUGGAACUACUGUCUGUUACAUACAGUAUGUGCAUUUGGCACAUUGAAAGACUCUCUUGCUGGCUGCAUACCAAAGUGCACCGAAACUGAGGUUCCAUGCAAAAUGUACGCCGCAUCUUUUGAAGGCAACCAUCCGACAGCUAUGGUGGCUCACAGUGUUAAGUCUGUAGGAGUUAAGUCUGCAGAUAGAUCCAAAAGCUGCACUGCGCUGCAGGCAGACAACACUGUUGUAUGAAGUACAGGGUUCGGUAACAAAGAAUGUCUGUCGGAAUGGCCUAUCUCUGGAGAAGUUUUUACAGCAACAAGUACAAAGCGUUCAAUUGAAAUUUACCAUAAGCCAACACAGGCACACCUCAAUAGGGUAGGGUGAAGUCGGUAUGCUGUUUCCAACGAAUAAUGGACAAUAUUACUUGACUUCUCUCAAAGGGGCUAAUCUAAAUACAUAAAAUAUUUUUGAAGCAGGAUACAUUAUAUGGUACAUAGCACUAUUACAAGUUUUUUUACAUUUAUACAACAAUGUAGGAAGAGGGUACCUAUUGUUAAAUGCAGCGGUUUUUUGUUUUCUUUAUUAAUUUUGGCAAAUAUCUUGAAACCCAGCAUAAUGCUUCAUUUGAAGCUUUUAACAUGCUCGGCCAUGUUGCCAUAUAUCUGCUAUCUCUCUUAAAGUACACUGUAUGUGAUAAAAUUGGGAUGAGUGCAUGUGGUAAGGGCAUGACAAAUAAGGAUGUGGGCUCAAUCUUUGUUGCGUUCAAGCUGGUUGUGAAGCAUACAGGAAGACAGUACCUUGCAAAUUUGUGCACAAGUUUAUUUAAAUACAUGACUAGGCACGAUAAAAGUUUACAGACAAUGACAAGACACUCUGCAAGGACGUAAAAAAUUGUGCCAUAUCAUAGUAUCAUCACUGGUUUGAGAAAACAGUACCAUCACAAAUUACAAGAUUACAGUGUAGUGAUGUUGUAAGGCACAGGGCUUGUUGCUAACAGCAACAGGCCAAGAGACAAUACAACCAGAGAAACCGAAUGGUUUACUCAGGAUUGUCUCUUGACAUCGUAUUUAUGUGGUCAUACAAAAAGAAAACUGCUUUCUGUUUCCCAAGGGUCAUUCUUGCCGUUUGCAAUUUUGGUGGCAAAUAAACGAUUUGUUGCCUA